AUUGUGUUUCUCUUAUGUUAAACAUAAACCAAGUAACCGUUUAAUUUUUGUAAUAGCAGACACCAUCUCUGUCUGUCUGUAUUAAUGUAGGCUAUGAAAGCUGUCUCUUUUUCUCUCUCGUUUGACACACACAAUUGGCUUCCUAGAUUAUUCGGCCCAACAGAUGUAGUCUGACUCUAGAGAAAAAACAAACCCCAUGGGAAACCUGCACAAGAAAGGGGGAGAAUAGGCCAAUUCUUAAAAGUUGAGAGAAUUACAUCCGGUCUGUGUACAGGACCUUACGGGACGCCUCUUGUUUUUCCUGGAUUAGUUGGGUCACUGGAAAGUUUUCACAAUUGCCCCCCAAGCUUCACCCUUGUACUCCGGCAAGUACUCGGCUGCCUCCAGGGCAUCAAGAGAGACCCAGGGUCUCCAGUACAGUUUCACCAACAGGACAGCUGGGAUGAGUGAGUUCUGGCACAAGAUCGGCUGCUGCGUUGUGGCCAAACCUCCCCCGAGGAAAAGGCGGAGGAAAAUUGACCGCAGCAUGAUUGGCGAGCCCACAAACUUUGUUCACCUGACACACAUAGGCUCUGGGGAGAUGGCUAACGGACUCCAGCCGUCAGGGUCAGUCCAGGAGCAGAUGAGAUCUAAAGGCCCCAGGUCCAAUGGACGUAGGAGCAUGUCAUAGCUGUUUGCUACUGUGUUCCUCCAGCAAUGGUGAAGUGGAUCAUGGGAUGGCCUUCUUCAUGUUUUCCUUGUCCAAUGAGAAAGCUGCGCUCUGUAUGCUUUGCAAAACUGGAAAACAUUUGGGAAGUGUGUGCUUUUCUGUGGGUUCCACAGGAUCUCUUUUGUUAGACUGGUUUAAACCAGACUCCUUUUGGUUCAUUUUAUUGGAUGUUUUUUGCAAAACAAGAUUUGUCCCACCGAUGGAUUUUCAGCCAUUGAGCACCUUUGUAUUUUUGUCUGUGCGUGAGCUGCUGAACUUGAAUACUGCAAAUAAUGACUGCUUCUGGAGAUGUCCAGAAGACUAAUAUCAUGUUUAUAUUUGUUUAAAAACCAUCUGAAUGUCCCAGUCUAUAUUCUUACUGCUUAUCCAAGCAGGAUAGAAGA